UUGUGCCGGCCGGCCGGCGGUGGCGGCUCUUUGACGUGGCACUUCCCCAGCUGGUGGACAGAGCAUUGAUUGCACCGAGAGCAAGCCCGGCUACAGGACAGCCGGCUAGGGCAAUAACCGGGCACCCCAGUGAGGCAGCAAACGGCAUCCACUGACCGCAAGAUUUCUUAAGAAUCCAAGGAAUGAGAAUAUUUUAAAUAAAAAUGAGUCAACAAGGAUAUAUUACCACACCACCUUAUUCCCAAAGUCAACCUGGAAUGGGAGGAUAUCCAACUGCAUGCGGUUCAGCAAGUUCACAGCCUCAUUACGGCCACUUUGGUGGAACAGGGCUGUUGAAACCAGCAUCUUUACCUCAUGGGCCAGCAGUUUCUGUUGGUCAUUCAUCAUCUUCUCCAGCACAAUUUGGUCAAACUAACCUCCAGAAUGGGAUAUAUAAUCCUGGAAACCAAAUACCAAGCUAUGCAGUUUCUUCUCCAAGCAGUGUUCAGACUCCUUCCUUCCAAUCCCAUGGCUCUCACGCACAAUCAAUAUACCAGAAUACCACACUACCUGCAUUCACACAGCAAGUCAUUGGUCAAAUGGGUACCAUGAAAAUAAGUGGCUAUGGCUCUUCUCGAGCACCUCCACAAAGUGACCCUUCACUGGCUGGACCACCCCUCCAGCCUUCGUUCCAAGGAUCGCAGCCUCAGCACCAUUUGCCUCCUAUUUCUUCUCCUCCAGCUCAAGGAACACCUGUUACACCAGCUGUCCCAGUAGCUUCAAUGUUUCCCAGAGGGCCUGCAGGAGUAAAUGUUAGUCAUCCUGGAAUGAAUCAAGGUGGUGUUGGUUACCAGAAGGUACCAGGUCAGCCUCCCAUGGUUGGAUACUUACAGCAGCAAGCAGGUAUAUAUGGAGGGCAGCAAAGGGAAGUUCAGUCAAAUUAUCCUGGAACUUAUCCUGGGGCACCAGCAACUGGUGCACAGCUUGUGGGACCUCAACAGAAGAAACUGGAUCCUGACUCCAUCCCUAGCCCGAUCCAGGUCAUAGAAGAAGAUAAACUUCGACGAUCAGGACAGCUCUUUGCUACAAACACUAGGGGCCAAGUUCCUCCACUCGUUACCACUAAAUGUGUUGUACAAGAUCAAGGAAAUGCGAGCCCUCGUUUCAUCCGCUGUACAACCUACUGCUUUCCAAACACAGCAGACAUGGCCAAGCAGUCACAGAUCCCUUUGGCAGCUGUCAUCAAGCCUUUUGCAGACAUCCCAGCUAAUGAGGCACCAAUCUGUGUUGUGAACCACGGAGAAACGGGACCCAUUCGUUGUAAUAGAUGUAAGGCCUACAUGUGUCUAUUAAUGCAGUUCAUUGAAGGUGGACGGAGGUACCAGUGUGGAUUCUGCAGCUGUGUCAAUGAAGUCCCUCCAUUCUAUUUUCAACACUUGGAUCACAUGGGCAGAAGGUUGGAUCAAUAUGACAAGCCAGAGUUGUCUCUUGGAUCCUAUGAAUUCAUGGCUACUUUAGAUUACUGUAAAAACAGCAAGCCUCCUAAGCCACCAGCCUUCAUAUUCAUGAUAGACGUUUCGUACAGCAGUGUCAAAAUCGGUUGUGUCAAAUUAAUAUGCGAGGAGCUUAAGACCCUGCUAGAUAAGUUACCAAGGGUAGAUCAGGCAGAGACUUCUGCCAUUAGGGUCGGCUUUGUCACUUACAACAAGGUUCUACACUUCUACAAUCUUAAAAGCAGUCUUGCACAGCCACAGAUGUUAGUAGUGUCAGAUGUUGGAGAGAUGUUUGUUCCUCUUCUGGAUGGCUUCCUUGUCAAUGUCCAAGAAUCGCGAAAUGUCAUAAACAAUUUAUUGGACCAGAUCCCUGAAAUGUUUGCUGAAACUAGCGAAAGUGAAACAGUCUUUGCCCCAGUAAUCCAGGCUGGACUGGAAGCAAUGAAGGCCGCAGAAUGUUCUGGGAAAUUAUUUAUAUUCCAGUCAUCGCUGCCCACAGCUGAAGCUCCAGGAAAACUGAGAAACCGGGAUGACAGGAAGCUGGUGAAUACAGAUAAGGAAAAGGUACUUUUUCAAUCACAGUCAAAUUUUUAUGAAACUUUGGCAAAGGACUGUGUGGCCAAUAGCUGCUGUGUAGAUGUGUUUCUGUUCCCAAAUCAAUUUGUGGAUGUCUCAACUAUGGGGGUCGUGCCACUGGCUACUGGUGGUAGUUUGUACAAAUACAACAAUUUCCAGAUACAGCUUGAUGGCGAACACUUCUUGAACGAUCUAAGAAAGGACGUACAGAAGUCAAUAGGGUUUGAUGCCAUCAUGAGGGUCAGGACAAACACAGGCUUCAGAGCAACUGAAUUUUUAGGCUCCAUGUAUAUGAACAACACAACUGAUGUGGAAUUGGCUGCCAUUGAUUGUGAUAAGGCAAUCACCGUCGAGUUCAAACAUGAUGAUAAACUCAGUGAAGAGAAUGGAGCCUUAAUCCAGUGUGCCCUACUGUACACUGACGUUGCUGGGCAGAGACGCUUGCGCAUCCAUAACCUGGCUCUAACCUGCAGCGCUCAGCCUGCUGAUUUGUACAAGAGCUGUGAGACAGAUGCACUCAUCAAUUUUUUUGCCAAAUCAGCUUACAAAGCCAUUCUAAGCCAACCACUGAAGACGGUUAGAGAGAUUCUGGUUAAUCAAACUGCUCAUAUUCUGGCUUGUUACAGGAAGAAUUGUGCUAGUCCCUCAUCAGCUGGGCAGCUCAUCCUUCCAGAGGCCAUGAAGUUGCUUCCUGUCUACAUGAACUGUCUCCUGAAGAAUUUUGUUUUACUCGGGAGUCCUGAUGUUGCUACAGACGAGAGAAGCUUUCAGCGGUUGCUGGUUACUUCAAUGGAUGUGGUUGGCACACAGUUCUUUUUCUAUCCAAAGCUCAUUCCCAUCCACAAAAUGGAUGUAAACAGUGAGGACAUUCCUGCAGCUGUCCGUUGCUCAGAGGAACGUUUAGAAGAUGGAGGAAUAUUUUUAUUGACAAAUGGAAUAAAUAUGUUUCUGUGGUUGGGAUUGAACUCACCACCUGAACUAAUUCAAGGCAUUUUUAAUGUACCCUCCUUUGCACAUAUCAACUCUGAGAUGACAAAAUUACCUGAACUGGACAACCCAUGUUCAAAGAAGAUUAGGAUGAUCAUUGACAAUAUAAGAAGCCAGAGCCCUUAUUCCAUGAAACUGAUAAUAUUAAAGCAAAAAGAGAAAUCGGAGGGGAUUUUCAGGCAGUUCCUCGUAGAAGAUAAAGGGAUCCACGGAGGAGCUUCUUAUGUGGAUUUCCUCUGUUAUGUACACAAAGAAAUCCGCCAGCUUCUCACCUAAGACCUGCCUCAACCAAUUGCAAGCGAUGCCUUAUCAUUCGCCUUUACAAGAGAAAGGGAAAGCAAGAACUGCACAAGUUUAAAUUAUAAAUCUUUUAAUUUCGCAACUUUUGUUGACAGCACUUGAGUUUUCUUAAGGGGAAAACUAUUUUGAACAUACCAGACAUCUAAUAUUUACUAUUUUAUAGUAACUCUAUAGUUUUAGUUGAAGUAUCACUGAUAAUAAAAUAGUUGGCAUUAUUGCAUACAGUUAAUAAUGCAUAGAACUGAUGAUAUUCAGUACUCUCAGCUGUUUAUACUGUUAUAUUGGAUUUCAGUUAUUGUUCUUUCACUGACAUAUCAAGAACAUGGACAGUAACAAAUCACAUUUUGCUACCCAGAAAUAAAUCUAUCAGGUGUUGUAUUGUUAAAUGUUUCAUCCUGCCAACAAAUGAGUGGUCCUAGUGUGUAGCAAUGGAAAGCAGAGCAAUUUGAUAAGUCUGGCCACAAAACCUGCUAUUAAGUAAAGUACCCUCUUUGUAAGUAUUGACGUCAGUUGCCAAAAGAUAAUGGUGAUCAAUUGCUGCAGGUGCUCUUUAUAAAUCCAAAACUUUUAAUAUUCUUAGCAAGAUGUAGUGCAAAUACAGUGGACCAAAACCAGAGAAAAUCUACUUUUUUUAUUUUUUGUAUUUAAUUAAAUCAAGCAUGUCUUUCUUUCAUAGAUGCAAAGCUACAAGAAGAAGCAAUGAAUGAAUCACAGUUCUGACUUGCCUGCUUACUGUGAACAUUGCUGUGUCUUGUCAGUGUGCUUAGACUGUUUGAAUGAUUAUUAUUGGAUAUGAUGCUGAAUUUACUCCACAACGGCAUUUGUUGUUGUUGUUCAGAUAUGCACACUUGCAUGUCAGAUUCCAUUGAUGAUAAACCUUCCUUUUAUAUCAUCUAUAAAUGUGAUAUACAUGUAAUAUAGCACCAUGGUUAAUUUUCUUAAGCACAGUGUUAAGUGAUACAGAAUUAUUUUAGAAACAAUCUUUCAAAAUCACCAUUUUUAGAGUUGAGAACAAUUCAGGUGAAUUAGUUGAAACAUACCAAAUCUUUUAAGGCAAUUGAUGGGGCAAUUGUUGAAAGAAAGUUUUCUCUGGCACAGGGAGACAUUUAUGACUGAGCCUAGAAUUUCCUUCACUGAGAGGAUAGUAAGUCUUUGUUAUUCCAGAGCAGAAUGCUCAAUCUUUGUGGUUCUGUGAAACAGCAAUUGAUGGUGUUUUUUUUUAAAGAUUUUAGGGGAUUUGAAGGAUAUGUAUAUGGUGCAGGAAGAGGUGGAAAAUCGGCAUGCCCUUUACUAAAUUCAGAGCUAACUCAAAGUUCUAUUUUUAUGCUGUAACAGCAACAUCAACUUGACUGACAAUCAGUGAUAACUGUAACUGUCAAAGUUUAAAUACAUCUCCAGAAAGGUGGAUUUGGUGUGGUGAGUGAAAGGCUUAGCAACAGCCAUUAAUAAUUAAUAAAGGCAUACAUAAAAUUAAAUACAAAACACUCUGUAAAGUUUAGAAGAAUGAGAGUGACUGGACUGAAAAAGAUUCAUGUGAGAAUCAAACAAACUGUAGAUGCUGGAAAGCUGGCUUUUUGAAAAAUACCUCAGUCAGCCAUGAUUUAGUAAUUGGAAAGUGGUCCGAACUGUGUAUUAAGUUUGUGAUUUGCUUGUUUAAAACGCCUAAUGUCUUUUAUUUAAGCUGGUGCAUUGGAUGACAUAAGAGUGCCUGAUAAAGGCAUGCCCAGGUACAGAGUAAUAUGCAACAUUGAAGUGCCCAUUUUUGUCCUAAACUUAUUGCUGCUUAAUGUGGUUUCAAGCCUUUUUGUCCUUUUGUCAAACUGAAAACUCAGAAAAGGCAGAGAUCACCCCAUGUUGUGUGAGUUUCAGCAGAAAGUUAUGUAGAGGUCAAUGUAACGUUUGCAGAAUUUUGCCCCCAGUGAAUGGUGCCUGAAAUUGCAAAUAUUCAAAUAGACAAGUAAAACAGACAACAUUUAUUUUUCAGUACCUCAGCAGAAGAAACUGCAGAUUAGGCCAGCGUGGAGCAUCGUGGUUAGUACAACACUUUGCCAUACCAGCGACCUGGGAUCAAUUCCUGUCGUUGUCUGUAAGGAGUUUCUACAUUCUCCCCAUGACUGUGUGUCUUUCCUCCAGGGGCUCUGGUUUCCUGACACAGUCCAAAGGCAUACAAGUUUAUAGAUUAAUUGGUCAUUGUAAAUCGUCCCAUGAUUAGGCCAGGAUUAAAUCAGGGGAUUGCUGGGCAGUGUGGCUUGAAGGGCCUAUUCCAUGCUGUAUCUCAGUAAAUAAGUAAAUAAAUUAUAGAAAAAGAGGGGGUGUUGCAGUUGUCUCCAACCAGUGCUUGGUUUCAGUGAAUAGAAAGUCUUAUAAUCUCUGCCACACUAUCAGGCACUUGAUUCAAUGCAUUUUGAAACAGUGAAACACACAAUAAAGACAAUGAAAUAUAUAAAACAAAUACAACCCACAUUGAAGGGGUAAGGAACUGAAUUAAAGAUGAUCAUCAUUUAUUUUACAGGAAAGAAAGAAAAUAAAAAGUACUUAGAGGAGUUGUGAAAGAGGAAACAAUGCUUGUAAUGAAAUCCUGAAUCACCAGUUCAGCAAUUUUCUGUUGUGCGUGGUUGGCAAGAGGAAAGCAACAAGUUGUAAAAAUCAGUGAUGACAUUAAUUGUACUUCAGUUAUUGCUUCGAUCGAUCAGUUUUGUAGCACAACAUUGUAGAUCAAUUGUCUGUGAUGGUGCAGGACUGAUGAAGACUACCAGUAAAUUAUUUAUGUAAUUUGUCAAUAGGUUGGAAACACCAACAAAUUAUCAAGCUUGUAGUCCCUAGCAACAAGCUCAUAUUCAUUCAUAGCCAUCAGUAAGUGACCAAGGAUUUAAAAUAAGAAAGCAAAAUGAUAGUGAAGGCCUUCUUACAUGGUUAAUAUAUUUUGUAUCAUAAUACCCAUAAAAUACUUGCAUCAUUGGUAUUUAAUCAUAAACUUGUUUGCAAAGUAGCAUUGUGCUCUAAUCCCUAGAAUUUUAGGGGCUGCAUUUCUAUUUACAUACAAGGCAAGCUACAGAUUUGAAAUAGUUUCAAUGUCUAACUUUGUAAAUCCAAAAAGUAGUAUUCCUUUUCAUUAUAUUCACUUCAAAUGUUAAUUAUUAGAAAAAUCAUUACAGCUAUUUUUACAAUGAAGAGUUGGAUGGGACAUGUGAGAGAAUAAAGUACCUGCAAUUCUGAACUUAACGUGACUAUUCUGUCAUAAAUUUGAUUAUGCAAU